UCAAGGUUUGUUUGUUUCAUGAUUUUUUUCAGUCACAGUCAAAGGGGAGAAAUACACACCAUUUACUCUUUAACCUUUCAUUCAUUACCCUUAACCGCUUGUCCAAAGUAUUAGUAUCUAAUUAUUGCAUAACAACUUAUCGUUUCAGUGGUUUAUGUUCGUAAACCUCACAUAAAAAGUCUCUUGUGCUGGUUAGAGUUCCACUCUUGUGUGUGUGAGUCCCUCACGUAUGCUUUGAUAACCGUCUAAUCCCCUCACUGUGACUCUCACAUGAUGAAGAAAUCCCACGGCUCACAGCAGCCAGAGGCUAAAACACUGCAUGGUUUCUCCACCUCAGCUCACAUGCUCCUCUGUUCAUACUGUAGCGAAUGCUCCCCCCCAUGCUCCUCCACUUUAGCUUGUGUCAGUCCGACCAGCUAAAAGCAAAGAGAGAGUCGUCUCCAACAUGAGGAGAUAUUUCAUGAUAAAAAGGAUUCCCUUGCCGUGGUCGAGGAGGGACAACACGCAGAAUGAGUCCAGUCCGCUCAUACCGAAGGCAAACUCCGGUAAAGAGGAUGCUGAGGAGCUUAGCAAUGUCACCACUGAGUUUCACCAAGAAGGGCCAAACAAUGGACAGGACGACAGCCCUGUAUUCGGAACUAUGCAACCCCUCUACAGAUAUUCCUUGAUGGACUAUUUCCUAAAAUACUUCCUAUUUCUGUGCAAUCUGGUGUUCACGGUUCUGGGCCUGGUGGUUCUUGGUCUGGGGAUGUGGGGCCUCAUCACAAAAGAGUCGUUUGCUCAGGAGAAGAUCGGCAGUAUCGGCACUGACCCGAUGCUGAUACUUGUGACUCUGGGCUUUGUGCUGACUCUGCUCUGCCUGUCAGGCUGUGUAGGUGCCCUAAGAGAGAACUGCACUUUACUAAAGCUGUUCUCUGCCGCCGUGCUGGCGCUCAUCACAGCCCAGGUGCUUGCCGCCAUUAUGGCGUACAGUCUACAAGAUCAGAUCGGAGUCUACCUGCGGUCGGGGAUGUUAGUCGCCAUGGUACGAUAUCAGGACGAUCUGGAUCUGAGGUUCAUCACGGAUGAGAUUCAGUCAAAUCUGCAGUGCUGCGGGGCCGAUAACUACCAUGACUGGGAGAUAAACAUAUAUUACAACUGCUCAGCUCCAGGAGUGCUGGCCUGUGGCGUCCCCGCAACAUGCUGCGUGGAUCCUUUAGAGAACGGCACAGUGUGGAACUCUCAGUGUGGUUUAGGAGCCCAGCAACUGGAUGAGUUUAGUGCUCAGAGUGUGAUCUUCCUGGGCGGCUGUCUGGGAGGAAUCUCUCGCUGGAUCGAGCAGCAUGAAGGCCUGAUAGGAACAGUCGCAAUCGUCGUACUGGGGAGCCAGAUUCUGGCUCUGUUUAUCACUACACGCCUGUUAGAAAGCAUCCAGUGGCAUAAAUAUUACAUAUAACAUGGGGUGAUGAAUAGAUCAUGUGCUGAUAUUUCAUGGGGGCCAGCUGCUUUGGAUCUCCACUUUGUUUUUCAUAUGUUUCGUAUAAACAUACUGUACCCCUAAACUGUGAGAACAAUCUUAUUUUAAAGACAGCAAAUGUCACCAUCAAAUGUCAGGGUGGAUUAUUUGGCUGGUUUUGAUUCAGGAAGAAGUGCUGUCAAAAUAAUCGAUGACAUUUAAUUUUAAAGCACAAGAAGAACAUUUUAACAACUGACAGAUCCUGACCACUGAGUUUCUAGGUUGGACAGAGUUUGUGUAGUGUCUGCAGUGUGUAUUAGUUUCAGGGCAUCAGGCAAUAAAGAAGCCGACAGCAAGGACAUCUUCAUGAUGUAACCAUUUGAAUGCUAAGCAUGUCAUGUACACAACUUGCAAUGGCAUAUUUACGAGUUCACAAGUCCCAUUUGAAGGCAGAAUUAGUUACAAGACCAGUAAUACUUUCCCUUAUUUUCCUUAUUUUUUAUUAUAGCUCUGCUCUGAAAACUUCACUUCUCUCAGACAGCAUGUAUAUUUUCAACCCUAGCAGAAGGCCAACAAAUGAAGACGCUUCUAUUGAGGCACAAUUUCCAAACAAGUUCAUUUGAAAAGAGAAACCUGCCAUAACACGUAUUAGAAUAAAAGGUCGGUACGACUGAAUAUGAAUUUGGAUUCUCUGUGGUGCCGGUCUUGUUGUCAACCUGGUAGCUAGCCUGGUAGCUAGGCUAAGAAAUGGUUCCUCAAACAGCAUAACUCCCAUAAAACCCCAAUUUGACAUGUUAACACUUACAAAUAAAGCAUGUUAGUAACUGAGCUUUACAUUAAGAGAUUUUGUUACAUUUGUUCAGAAGCAGGCUAACUGUUUACCCGUUUGUUACUUAGUGCUAAGCUUAGCAAAUUGACUGACUACUAGCUGUAGCUCCAUAUUUACGAUGGGAAAGGUAUCAUUCUUAUAUCAUAUCAUUCUUCACAUCCAAUUUCUUGGCAUGAAAGCAAAGAAGUGUAUUACCCA